AUUAAUAGUAGUCUCGUAAUCUUUUCCCUAUGCGUACAUGUCCGCGAUCGUCGCUUUUGCGAUUAUGAUUCGUUUGUAGAUGUAAUAAUAAUAAUAAUAAUAAAAAAAUUAAUUUUUUUUUUCCAAAAAGAAAUCGUUUUCCUCUCUCUAUUGACGACGACGAGAGGACGCCGACCGUGUACCGAGAACGCGCCCGCAAACAGUCGCCAGUCGCCACGACAUAUCGGCCGCGAUGUCCGCUUUGACCGCCGGGGUGCAAUACAGUCUGUCGUCGAACCAGAACAAUGGCCUUAUGCCCAAACAGAGGACGGGCAAGAACAAAACGCUGUUCUUCGUCAAGUUGACCGAUUCCUGUCUGAAGGCCGUUGAGGAUUACCUGCGGUGCUGUCAACAGGGUAAUUCAGAAAACCUUCCAAAACCUAGGAUACAAUUUAAAGGCAAUGAAGGCCAAUUAUGCGUACCGAGCAUAUCAAAAAAUUAUACAUUUGACUUUAGUUUAUCCAAUAACGAUGUUGCUGCUCCUAGAAGUAGCUUUGAAUGUAUUCGUCAAAAUACUUCAAGAUCAUUAGAAUAUGUUGGUACAUUGAAUAGACAUAUACGAGUACUUGCAAAUGAUGAUGUAUAUGAAGCUACUAGACAUAGAAUGGUUGCUGUCGAAGAAUUACAUAAGAAAUCAUGUACACGGGAAAUUGAACUUGACAGCAAAUCAGCUCUAAGUCGUAAAAUCCGAAAAAAUCCUGCUCAAAUAAGAGCUAGCCGUCAUAAUAAUAAUACUUAUAAUAAUGUUAAUAUUACAAAUAACGUUCCAAAACCUAUAAUUUCCAAACCUAUACCCCCACAUACCCCUUCACCAGCCAAUCAUGCAUCAGAUAUUAGUAAAAAACCAUUACGAGAUAGAAUUAUUCAUCUUUUAGCAUUAAGGCCAUACAAGAAACCAGAAUUAAUUAGUAUAUUAAAUAGAGAUGGUUUGAAAGAUAAAGAUAGAACACAAAUAAUGUCAGUUCUUAGUCAUGUAGCACAAGCAAAAGAUAAUGUAUACUAUCUAUUAAGGCAUAUUUGGAAUGAUGUACAAGAAGACUGGCCAUUUUAUAGUAGUCAAGAUCAUAUUGUAUUAAAACGACGUAAGCCUCAAAAUUUAACACCUCCUGGAUUGAGUGAUACUGGAAGCUCUGGCAGCAGUGAACAAUCUCCAAGUAGUACUGUCCCCAGCAGUCCUCCUAAUAAUGUGCAUGGUAACAAAAGACCUGGUUACUACAAUAGUGCUGAUGGUUUCCAAACAAAAAGAUUGCGUAUUUCACAUUUCAAACGACCAUCACCUGAGAAAAAAUUGUUAUCAAAUAGUCCUCCACCAAUUGUAUCUAGCACUCAGUCAGCAAUACGAUCACCUACUCAUGCACCCUCUCAUACUAAUCCAAUACCAAAAUAUAUUCAAGAUUUUGUGCGAAUAACAAAUAAGGAGCAAAAGAAGCAAUACAAAUCAGAAUUCAUGAAAUGUCAUAAAGAAUAUAAACACCUGGCUGAAAUUAUGGAUCCUGUUCGAAAUAAAUUUGCUAAGUUAAAAGAUCGUAUGUUACUUUAUCCUAAAGGUUCAAAUGAAUAUAAGAUUUUAGAAAAACAAAUAUUACAAGAAUAUAAUGAAAGAAAACAUGAUGAUAAAUAUCAAGCAGCUAAAACACGUUUUGACUAUCUUCAUAAUAAAUUGUCUCAUAUUAAAGAUCUGGUGCAUGACUAUGAUAAACACAAUCCAGUGUUGAUUAGAACUGCAACACCAGAUUCUUCUUGCCUGUGAGCAAUCAAUUAUUUAUAAUAUUAUUUUUUUUCUAUUUCUUUUAAAUACAAUGUAUAAUUAUUCUAAAGGACAAUUUUUAUAAAACCCAAAUUAGUUCCAUAGCACAAAAGAGAUAGAAAAAUCAGUGACUAAUCACUUAAUGGUUCGCUCAAUGUUUAAAUACUCAGUGCAUUUAUAAUUUUUUACUGUCUUAACAUUGGUUACCGGCUCCAUUAUUUGGUAUGAGCCUAAUGAUAACUUUUAAUGAUUUAUUGUUUUUUUUUUUUUUUUUGUGGGAGGAUUUGGUAUUCAAAUUUAAGAUCU